AAAAUAUUUAACAGGUAUUAGUACUACUUCAAUACUUGUCAUCUGUGUCCAGGCUUCUGAAAUCAUGUUUAUUGGUGGACUCUCAGCUUGUAAUCCAGGAUGAACUGUUGAAACCCCUCUUGGAAAAUACCUUCAUGAUUCUUGACAUUCGCUGCAAAGAUGGGUUAGAUACCGAGUUAACAUCUGUACUUCAUGAAACAUGGGUAGACUUUUUCAACCUUCUAGCUACAUUGUUGUGGAAGACUGGCCAAAUAUCUUUUCCAUCUGUGACAGCAGCCCUUGCAAAUCGUUGUACAGCAGUAAUUGAUACUAUUUGUGAUUGUAUUCAUCUGUCAACCACAUAUCCGACUUUAUAUAUGGCUAGUUUACAGUUCUUCUCUGUCCUUUUGAAUGAGGAAGGAAGAAGACACCUCCAAGAUAAACACAGUAUAUAUCAGAAUCCAACUAUUAGCUUUCUUCUGGAUCACGUUGAAGGAUGCCAGGCAUCAGUAACUCAUCUUACUGCAUUAAUUAUUCAGGUCUGUGAAAGAAAGUCUUCAAAGGAUGGGCUGAAAGAAGUUGCUACAAAUGCACUGCUGUCUCUGUUAGCUGUCAGUAAAAAGGCCCAGAAAUGUGCUUUAGAAGUUGACCUGAUAGACAACUGUAUAGAAAACAUGAAACACAUUCAUGCACAGCUGAAUUUAGAUGCCCUUAAGCCUGGGAAAGCACAGAAAAAAAAGGAGGAUAACCUUAUCAAGCAGUUAAGGCGUUCUAUGCAGCUUCUCAGAAACUGUCUCUUUCAAAAUGAAGAAUGCAAAAUGGCAGCAUUCAAAGCUCAUCUUGUUCCUGUUCUGCAUUUGCUUUGGCCAUGGUUUUUAAUAGAUGAUUCUUCAAUGCAAAUAGCUCUGCACUUGCUUUGUGUCUACACUGCAAACUAUCCUGCAGGUUGUGCUUCACUUUGUUGGGGCAGUGGUGGACAAUCGUCACUUCCAUCUGUACGAAGUGCAACUGGCAAUUCGUUAAUUUAUAACAUCUUGAAACUGGCUUCCCAAGUGUCAAACGAUAACAGCCCAAUUCAGCAGGUGGUCUUUUGUCUUCUUUCUAACCUUGCUUUGUCUCAUGAUUGUAAAGGCAUUAUUCAGAAGAGUAACUUCCUGCAGAACUUCUUGUCUCUUUCAUUGCCAAAAGGAAGUAAUAAAAAUCCUGGUAAUGUGUCUACUCUUUGGCUAAAGCUGCUACUGAACAUAUCUUUUGGAGAAGAUGGACAGCAGAUGAUCAUGAAGAUAAAUGGUUUUUUAGACCAGAUCGUGGAAAUGAGUAAAUACAAACACAGGAGCAGCCAACAUCUAGCACUUCUUAUUCUACAUAACUUAUGUUUUAGUCCAACUAAUAAACCAAAGAUAUUAGCUAAUGAUAAAGCAAUUGCAGUACUUUCUGCCUGUUUGGAAAGUGAUAAUUGUGCUGUUCAGAGAAUAGGAGCAGCUUCGCUUUGGGCUUUGCUUCACAACUAUCAGAAGGCAAAAGUGACUUUGAAGAAUCCAUCAAUAAGGAGAAGAAUAGAUGAGGCUUAUUCCUUAGUGAAGAAAA